AGCAGAGCAACCCCAGGCAGAUCAAACGUCCUCUUGAAGAUGGCCUGGAGGAGGAGGAAGAGGAGUGUGUCUCUGAGGAGAACGAGCUCCUGGCCAAAGAAGAGUUCACGGCGGAGGAAAACUUUACUGCUGAGUUUGAGACAGAGAACAUGAGCUGCGAAGACAUGGAGUACUUCUGCAAUAAAGGAGAGAAGAAUGGCAACCGAGAAGCAGGAGAGUCAGAGAUGGAGACGCAGAGUGACAAGACCAGGCAUGCUGCAGUGGGACCAGAUGAAUGGGACGGACCAAGAGAGCUGGAUGCCUUCCUUAAAGAUGGCGAGCGACGGAUCCACAGCCGGCAGCAGCUCCCCGUGGGGACGACAUGGGGACCCUUCGAGGGGAAGAUUGAGAUGAACACUGACAGCACUGCACUGAAGACGAAGAGCACGGUCCCGGUGGUGCUGAGCGCCGGCCCCAGGUGGCUGCUGGAUGUGACUUGGCAGGGAGCGGAAGACAACAAAAACAACUGUGUGGUGUACAGCAAAGGUGGCCAACUGUGGUGCACCACUACCAAGAACAUGAUGGAGGGCGAAGAGCUGGUGGCAUUUGCAGUGGACUUUGACUCACGGCUGCAGCCAGUGAACCACAUGUCACUGAGCGAGGGCAUGUACCCGGCUCGGCUGCUGGACAGCAUCCAGCUCCUGCCACAGCAGGCUGCAAUGGCCUCCAUCCUGCCUACUGCCAUCGUUAACAAGGACAUCUUCCCCUGCAAGGCAUGUGGGAUCUGGUUUAGAAAUGAGAGGAAUCUACAGGCCCACCUGAUGUACUACUGCAGUGGGCGACAGAGGGAGCCAGAGACGAUUGUGGAGGAAAAUGACACUGGGCCUCACCAGACGCCCAGUAUCUGCCCUUUUCCACACUGCAACAAAAGCUUCUCUGGAGUGAGGGGCCUGGAAAUGCACUUAAGCACCUCGCACAGUGGUGUCAAAAUGGAAGAGAGCCUCCCUCCUGGCACCAGCUUGAAAUGCACAAUCUGUAACUACACGGCAGAUUCUCUUAUUACAUUCCAGCAUCACAUCAUGUCUCACCUGUCACAGGCUGCCUUCAGAUGCAAUCACUGCCAUAUCAGCUUCCAGAGCCACAGGGAACUCUUACAGCAUCAGGACUUACAUGGGCACGGCAGCAAACUUCACAGGGAAGGCGACGGCAGUGAGCAUUCCCCCAAGGGAGUGGAGGAAAGCCUCCAGCAGCAGCAACAGCAGCAUCAGCAGCAGGCAGCACGCACAGAGCUGGCCAACAGGAAGGAUGCUCUGCUGGGAAGUCCCAAAGGAGCCCUCAACAAGGAGACCGGCCCAGACGGAGAGAAUGACAAGACUGAGAAGAAGCCGAUGCUGUCAGUUCAAAAGGGAGAGGCACACCCAGGCAGCAAAGCCAGUUUCUCUUACACCAGAAUCAAAUCUGAGCCCUCCAGCCCCAGACUGGCCUCCUCCCCUGUGCAACAUAACAUGCCUACAUUUCCCAUGGGCCCUUUCCUGUCUCAGUUUGCUUUCUCCCAAGACAUUUCAGUAGUCCCGCAGGCAUCUGAGAUUCUGGCUAAAAUGUCGGAAUUAGUUCACCGAAGGCUCCGCCACGGAGGGAACAGUUACCCUCCUGUCAUCUACAGUCCUCUCAUGCCCAAAGGGGCCACCUGUUUUGAAUGCAAUAUCACCUUCAGCAACCUGGACAACUACUUGGUCCACAAAAAGCACUACUGUAAUAGUCGCUGGCAACACAUGACAAAGUCUCCUGACUUUUCCGCCCUCUCAGAUAAGGUGCCUGAGGCGGUGAGCCCCAACAGUGGUCACACUUCUGUUAGCAUGUUGGCCAGCUGCCAUCCAACAGAGGCAGACAGCCACCUCAUGCAGUCCGCCUGUCUGAACUCCAACGUGCUGGACAUGAUAAAUGCAGGAGCUAAAGGGCCGGAUAAGGAUCUAGCAGGACAGAUAAAAGUCUCCACCCCGACUGGAGCCGAGGAGAGGCUGAACGGAAAGCAGAUGGACGGUAAGAGUCCCAGCACAGGUCUGGUGGAGAGUGACAAUGAUCCGAACAAGACAACCUGUGAGGCCUGUAAUAUCACCUUCAGUCGCCAUGAGACCUUCAUGGUCCACAAGCAGUAUUACUGUGCCACACGUCAUGAUCCACCCAUGAAACGUAUGUCUAACAACAAGGUGCCAUCCAUGCAGAGAACCAUGAGAACCCGCAAGCGCAGGAAGAUGUACGAGAUGUGUCUCCCUGACCAGGACCAUCAGAGGCCCCCGCUGGGUCAGCCAGGUUUCCUUGGAGUUCCACCCAUGAACCCCUGUACAUCCCAGGAAUCUGUGGAGAGCCUUGCAGAACGCAUCCAUCCACGCUGCGACAUCUUCCCAGGUAUGGUACCUAAACACCUGGAGGCCUCUCUGACUGUGAGUAAACCAGUCCUCACUCCUAAAAGCAACACAGUGGAGCAGCAGGAGCUGGACGCUCCUAUUGAUCUCAGCAAAAAGUGUUCACCGGGCUCUGACAAGUCGUGUUGCUCACCUAAAAGACUGUUGGAUUAUCACGAAUGUGCAGUGUGCAAGAUAAGUUUUAACAAGGUGGAGAACUACCUGGCACACAAACAGAACUUUUGUCCUGCAACUGCUGCUGCCACCGCAGGCGCACCGCAGCCGCCGCAGCAGCAACAACAGCCACAACAGCAGCAACAACACAAAGAGAGUGGCGGCCUGGAGACGAGCAUGUAUCCUGAAGUGAAGAGUGAAGGCAAUAACAACCCUGAUGAUGCGUACGAUAAGAGCCCUGGCAUAUGUGAGAAGAAUGGCAAUGGAAAGGUUAUAGUGCAGAAUGGAGGCAUGUUCCCCCCUCACCUGGGGCCUGUGGCGGCACUCAAGCCAUUUGCCGAGCCCCAGCUCAUCCCAUCAAAAGAUGAGAGCAAGAAUAUGUUUCUGCCCCACUGCCUUUAUCCCGGAGCAAUAAAGAAGGUGAAAGGUCCAGAGCAAAUAUCGCCGUACUUUGGGAUAAAGCCAACUGAUUAUGUGACCGGGGGACCAGUGAUGCAGGGUGAGGUCAGCGAACAAGAGCAGAGCAUUAAUGGGGCAGGUACAGGUGGAGGAGGGGCAGGUGAAACAGGAACAACCAGAGAGCAGGCCCAGCAGCCGGCUGCUAACGGUUGCCCCCACCCUGGCAAGGAGCCACUUCCUCUACUGCCCAAAAACCGCAGCAUGGUCAUCGUCAACGGAGGGCACAAACCGGAAGAGCAUUUAGGCACGGCUCCACCACAACAAGAGAAUCAGCCGCAGCCAGAGAACCAAUCCCUUAAAUCUUCUCCUACGUGGGCCGCUGAGAACCAGACCGACUCUAAUGAGAACAUGUCGCCUACUUCUAAGUCACCAAACGAAGACGGGACCCCCACCGCCACUAAAGGCAUGAACGGCUCUGGAAGUGGGAAGUACUGCCGACUGUGUGACAUCCAGUUCAACAAUCUGUCAAACUUUAUUACCCAUAAGAAGUUUUAUUGUUCAUCACAUGCUGCUGAGCAUGUAAAAUAAAUGAGAAGAAAAAGACAAGUCCAUCUCCUCCCACCCCACACUUUUUCCUCCUGAACUUUAACCCCCCCCCCGCCCUUUUCUUCUUUGUUUUGGUACACUGUUGU